CACCUGCUACUUUCCUUGUGCUUUCCUAAGAAGACCUCCACAACCAUUGUCAUGGACCUCAGAAUCACAAUCAUAUGAUCAGAAUCUUCUCACUUGCCAAUCAAAAUCCCCAAAAAAUAUAUAUAUUUUUUCUAUAUAAAGACGACAACACUGCCAUUUGUUUUAAAACCAUAUCCUUCUUAUAGCGUCAAAGUAAUCUCUGGAACUUCAUAUUUGGUGCUAGUACUUCAGUUCUGUGCUUCGAUGGAUAACACUGGAAGAGGCAGAUGGAGAGGCAGAGGUGGUGGUGGAGGUGGAGUUGGAGGGAGAGGGAGAGGGAGAGGUCAAAACCGUGAUCAAUGUAGUGGCACUUCAAAUCCAUCGAACUACCGGAAUUUUCCUGGUCAGCAGAAGGAGAAUCAACCAGACCAUGGCCGGAGUUUCAGGCAAGAAGCCACUCCGUAUCAGGGUCAAUCCGGCGAACCCAGAAGCCCAAUUUCAGUCCAUGAUCGGGGUUUAAAUCAAGGACCCAGUUCGAGUCAGGUUCCAUUUGCGGAAUCCACCAAGCCGGCUUCGGCAUGGGUGGGUUUGCCUUGGGCUAGUAGAGGGGGUUUUAGUGGAGGUGGUGGUUCCAGUAGUUCUGGACGUGGUGGAGGCUCGUGGAAGACUGAUUCUGUUCCUGGUGGUUCCAGUAGUUCUGGACGUGGUGGAGGCGCGUGGAAGACUGAUUCUGUUCCUGGUGGUUCCAUGAGUUCUGCUUCUGCUUCUGCUUCUGCCUCUGGUCCACCAAUAUCAGAGCUAAGAUCCUUAGAGAUUUCAAGUACACUGCCCUCAUCAUUUCCUCCUGAAUCUGUCUCUGCUAGAAGGCCUGAUAAUGGUGGAACAUCUUGUAUCCAAAAGGUUCACCUUCUUGCUAAUCAUUUCCCCAUCAAUUGCAAUCCCGGUAUGAUGAUGCUGCAAUACAACAUUAAUGUUGAGCCAGAGUUGCAAUCCAAUCAUGGUGGACCUUCUCGGGUUUCGAAUUCAGACAUUCGUAUGGUAAAGAAUAAACUAUUCUCUGAUAACCCAGAACAGUUUCCUCCAUCCAUGAUGGCUUAUGAUGGGGGAAAGAUCAUUGUAAGUGCAGUGGAACUACCCACUGGGAAAUUUAGGGUGGAUUUGCCAAGGGGUAGGGCUGUGAAAUCAUAUACAUUAACUAUAGAGUUUGUGAAGGAGCUAGAGCUUGGACAGUUGGAGGCCUACAGAAAUGGCACAGUCCCCUUUAUCCCUCGUGCAUUCUUGCAGGGGAUGGAUCUUGUCAUGAAGGAGAACCCAAAGAAGCAUCGUGUUCAAAUUGGUCAGAAUUUCUAUUCCAUGAAUUACAAAAGUGAUGAUGAUCUUGGUGGUUGUGUUGUAGCUUGCAGGGGCUUUCAGCAGGGCUUGAAGGUUACUUCCCGGGGGCCAGCUCUAUGUGUGGAUUACUCUGUUUUACCAUUUCGGAAGCCAGUCCCAGUCCUAGAAUUCCUCUUAGAGCGUGUGUUUGGGUUUCGUACUGAUUGUAUGGAUAACCAGUUGAGGGAUACUGUUGAGAAUGAAUUGAGAGGGUUAAAAGUUACAGUUUCUCACAGGGAAACCAAUCAAAAGUUCGAAAUUAGGGGAUUAACCAGUCGCACAGUGAACGAUCUGACUUUCACACUUGAGGACCAGGAUGGUAUUAAUCCAUCUGAGGAGGUUAGAGUAGUGGAUUAUUUUAAAAGCAAAUACAACAAGGAGAUAAAAUUCAAAAAUCUACCUUGCUUGGAUUUAGGAAAUAGUGGCAAGUCAAAUGACGUACCUAUGGAGUUCUGUGUGUUGGUAGAGGGGCAGAUAUAUCCAAAGGAUCAACUAGCCAAGGUUCCAGCCAUGAAAUUGAAGGACAUUUCCCUGCCGAAGCCUUGGAGAAGAAAGGAGGUUAUAUAUGAGAUGGCUCAAGCAAUAGAUGGGCCUCUUCGAGGAGAAACCAUUUGGAACUUUGGAAUAGAAGCCAGAGCACAAAUGACACAAGUGAUUGGCCGUGUAGUCAAAGCACCUGAUCUGAAACUUGGUGAUAGCAGCGGUAGGGCUUGUAAAUUCAUUCUAAAUAAGGAAGAAUGCCAGUGGAACCUUGUUGGCAGAACUGUCUUGGAAGGGAAGGACAUUGAGAGGUGGGCAGUACUUGAUUUUAGUUCAUAUGAUCGUGGGUUCAAGCUGAAGAAUUCUUUGAUCUAUGAUAAGUUUGUACAACAAUUGGUGAUGCGGUGCAGAAAACUUAGGUUACCCAUGAAGAAUCCUCUCUUCCAUGAGCUAUCAGAUAUGCAUGUGCUCUCUGAUACUGACAGGCUUCGUAAGCUCCUUAAUCGUGUAUAUGAUAAGGCAAAUCGCAGGCUGCAGAUUCUUGUUUGUAUAAUGUCAGACAAACAUCCGGGUUAUAAUGCUCUCAAAUGGAUUUGUGAGACAGAGGCUGGCAUUUUGACACAAUUGUGUUUGAGCGAACGAUGCAACAUGGGUAAAGACCAGUACAUGAGUAACGUUGCUCUUCAGAUCAAUACAAAGCUUGGAGGCAGCAAUUUUGAGCUCUUUGAUUGUCUUCCACAUCUUGAAAGUGAUGAUAAUGUGAUGUUUAUUGGGGCUGAUGUCAAUCAUCCAAAGGCAGGUAAUGUAUCACGCCCAUCUUUUGCAGCUGUUGUUGCCACUGUGAAUUGGCCUGCUGCAAACAAAUAUGUAGGACGGUAUUGUCUUCAAAAGCAUCGAACAGAGAAGAUCCAAGAUUUUGGGGAGAUGUGUUUGGAGCUUAUCAACAUAUAUGCUGAGCUCAACAAAGUGAAGCCGAAGAAAAUUAUAGUGUUCCGUGAUGGGGUCAGCGACAGCCAGUUUGAUAUGGUUUUGGAUGAAGAAUUGUUGGAUCUCAAAAAUGCAAUUUGUUGUGAAGGGUAUUCACCAACUAUCACACUUGUGAUUGCUCAGAAGAGGCACCUAACUCGUCUCUUUCCCAUGGAUCCUAAGCAAGGAGCUCGUAAUGGUAAUGUUUUUCCAGGGACAGUUGUGGAUACAACUAUUGUGCACCCUUGGAAAUUCGACUUCUACCUUUGUAGCCACUAUGGGAUCUUAGGAACGAGCAAGCCGACUCACUACUAUUGCCUUUAUGAUGAUCACGGUUUCAGUUCAGAUGACUUGCAGCAGUUGACAUACAACCUAUGCUACACUUAUGCUUUAUGCACAAAACCUGUCUCCUUAGUACCCCCUGCAUAUUAUGCCGACACUUUGGCAUAUAGGGUGCAACAGUACUAUGAGGCAUGGGAGGCUGAGGCUGCUGCUUCAUCAUCAUCAUCUUCACUGCCAUUAGAUCCAAAUAGCUUCAAGCUGCAUGGUGAUCUUGAGAAAAUCAUGUUCUUUUGUUGAAGGUACAUGAAUGGUUGCAGUCCACCAGUCAGGUUCAAUCUCCUUAUUUAUACAGCCCUGCAUAGUUGAGGAGUUUGUGCGUGAAUCUAAAGAUUCUAGGUUGAAUUUACUGUUAUCUUUCCUUCUUUCUUUCGAAUGGUCUAAUAGGCCAUGAACAUUAAGUUUCAGAGUUUAGUAACUCAUGGAUUAAUACUUUAUGAUGUUUGAGUGUUAAGUUUCUGGUAGUAGUGUGAAUUGAGACUUCAUCUCAGUGGUUGUGGUGUUUCCUUUGAGUUUGGCGGUUGAAAUGUUUGUAUGUAAUCCAAGUUAUGGUUAAUGAUAUAUGAAUAAUAUGAUGUUUGCUUUA